AUCCCAGGACAUCAGGAAGAGAUGCAGCUGCUGCUGUUGUUGAUGCCCGUGCUGUGGGGAGCACCCCUGGCUCAGGAUCUGAAGUACCAGCUGGAACUACAGCAGAAUGUGACCGUGCAGGAGGGCCUGUGUGUCCUAGUGCCAUGCAGAUUUUCCUACUUCUGGAUUUCCUUUGGAAACAUGUACAUGUAUUGGUUCCAGAAAGGGGUAGAUAUAAGGCGUGAUCCUCCAGUGGCCACAAACAAGGAGGAACAGAAGCUGCAUGAGAGGACCCAGGGGCGGUUCUUCCUCUUCGGGGAUCCCCAGGCCAGAAACUGCUCCCUGAGCAUCAGAGACCUGAACAUAGGGGACAGUGGGACAUACUUCUUUCAAAUAGAGACAUCCUUCAGGAAACACUCAUUUCUAAAUAAGCUGCUCUCUCUGAAUGUGACAGCCCUCACCCACACACCCCACAUCCUCAUUUCUGGGACCCUGGCGUCCGGCCGCCCCAGGAACCUGACCUGCUCUGUGCCCUGGGCCUGUGAGUGGGGUACGCCCCCCAUCUUUUCCUGGAUGUCAGCUGCCCUCACCUCCCUGGGCCCCAGGACCCACCUCUCCUCAGUGCUCACCGUCACCCCACAGCCCCAGGACCACGGCACCAACCUCACCUGUCAGGUGAAGUUCCCCACAACUGGGGUGAUUGUGGAAAGAACCAUCCAGCUCAACGUCACCUAUGCUCCACAGAAUGUGGCCAUCAGCAUCUUACAAGGAAACAGAACAGCCCUCAAGAUUCUGCAAAAUGCCUCAUCCCUUCCCAUCCAGGAGGGCCAGGCUCUGCACCUGCUUUGUGUUGCUGACAGCAACCCCCCUGCACAGCUGAGCUGGUUCCGGGGUUCCCCAGCCCUGAAUGCCACCCUCAUCUCCAGCACUGGGAUCCUGGAGCUGCCUCACAUAGGAAUAGAAGAAGAAGGAGAAUUCAUCUGCCAAGCUCAGCACCAGUUGGGCUCCCAAAAUAUCUCUUUGAGCCUCUCUGUGGUCUACCCCCCACAGCUGCUGGGACCCUCCUGCUCCAGGGAGGACGGGGGUCUGCACUGCAGCUGCUCCUCCCGAGUCCAGCCAGCCCCCUCCCUGCACUGGCAGCUGGGGGAGGGGCUGCUGGAGAGGAAUUUCAGCAAAGCCUCCUUCAAGGUCACCUCCAGCUCCGCUGGGCCCUGGGCCAACAGCUCCCUGAGCCUCAGUGAGGGGCUGAGCUCCGGCCUCAGUCUCAGCUGCGAGGCCCAGAACAUCCACGGGGGUCAGAGCAGCACUGUCCUGCUGCUGCCAGGUAAACCACAGCCUAGGGCCGGAAGCGUCCUAGGAGCAGUCGGGGGAACUGGCAUUAUGGUCCUGCUUUCUCUCUGCCUUUAUCUCAUCUUCAGAGUGAAGACCCUCAGGAAGACCCAGCUGGUGCAAAGCAUGGAGGAUAAGAGCCAAGUCGCGGGCUCAGGCUUCAGGGAGCAUCAGCCCCAGUUCUGGACAGACACCCCUUCAGACCACCCAGCCCUGACUGGGGCUGGCCCCAUCUCAAGAGAUGAACAAGACCUUCACUAUGCUUUCCUCAGAUUUCACAAGCUGAAGCCUCAGGAGUGGGAGGGUACUAAUACUGUGUACUCAGAGAUCAAGACACACAAGUAAGGAAUUAUUUUCUCACAAUUCUGGAGGCUGGAAGUCUGAGAUCAACGUGUCAGCAGGGUCAUUCCUUUUGAAGAUUCUCUCCUUGGCUUGGUGAUGGCCGUCUUCUCCCUGUGUCCUCACAUAGUCUUCCCUCUGUGUGUGUAUAUGUCCUAAUUCACUCUUCUUAUAAGGACACAAUUUUUCAGCCCAUAAC